AGCAGCAGCAGCAGCGUCACAACUCCAGGCGCACGCACUUAGUGCCAAGAAGAAGCGCAGAAGGUAACAGCGCUCCCAACAGCAGCAGCAGCAGCCUCAGCGCAGGGGGAAAGGGAUUUCUCAUCCUUUUUUUUAUUUCAUUCCUGGUCAUUGUGUCAUUGAGACUACUGCACAACGGUACUGGUAUUGGGGAAAUCUAUUGGGAUCCUGCCCAGGACUCUGGAUGAUUUAAAGGGGCUUCUCGCACUCUUAGCAGCUUGAAAACGCGACUUCCAGCAUGGAUGCCAAGGGCUCCCCUACCUUCCCAUUGUGGCUCCGAGCUGGAGUCUGGAUACUGGCAUGGAGCUGGAUCUGCCAAGCUGGUGCCAAUGGCUGCCCGGCGUUAUGUACCUGCAGUGGCACCACAGUGGAUUGUCAUGGUUUAGCGCUAAAAGGGGUGCCCAAGAAUAUCCCCAGGAGCACGGAGAGGCUGGAGCUGUAUGGGAACAACAUUACACGGAUCAGUAAGAAUGACUUCUCUGGGCUCAAGCAACUGAGAGUUUUGCAACUAAUGGAAAAUCAGAUCAGCAAUGUUGAACGUGGAGCUUUUGACGACAUGAAGGAACUCGAGAGGCUGCGCCUGAACCGUAACCAGCUGCACACAUUGCCUGAGCUUCUCUUCCAGAAUAACCAGGCUCUCUCCAGACUAGAUCUGAGUGAGAAUCUAAUCCAAGCCAUUCCAAGGAAAACAUUUCGAGGAGCUACUGAACUCAAAAACCUCCAAAUGGAUAAGAACCAGAUCAGCUGCAUUGAAGAUGGAGCUUUCCGGGCCCUAAGAGGACUAGAGGUUUUAACUCUGAAUAACAACAAUAUAACCACAAUUCCUGUUUCCAGUUUCAACCAUAUGCCCAAGCUGAGGACAUUCCGUCUGCAUUCUAAUAACUUGUUUUGUGACUGCCAUUUGGCCUGGAUCUCCCAGUGGCUACGCCAGCGGCCAACCAUUGGACUUUUUACACAAUGCACUGGGCCGCCUCCGCUUCGAGGCCUCAACGUGGCAGAGAUCCAGAAGCACGAGUUCAGCUGCUCAGGUCAAUCUGAUCCAUCCACUUCCCAGAUCUGCAGCCUCUCCAUUGGGUCCUGUCCAGCAAUGUGCACCUGCAGUAAUGGCAUUAUAGACUGUCGGGGGAAAGGCCUCACAGCAAUACCUGCAAAUCUCCCCGAAACCAUGAUGGAAAUACGCUUGGAGCUCAAUGGUAUCAAAUCUGUUCCACCUGGUGCCUUUUCACCCUACAAAAAGCUGCGCAGAAUAGACCUGAGCAACAACCAAAUUUCGGAGAUCGCCCCCGACGCUUUCCAGGGUCUUCGCUCGCUCAAUUCCCUGGUUUUAUAUGGCAACAAAAUUACAGACCUCCCCAAAGGUGUGUUUAGUGGUCUUCAUGCCUUGCAGCUGCUACUUCUCAACGCCAACAAAAUAAACUGCAUCCGAGCCGACACUUUCCAGGACUUACAAAACCUGUCGCUCCUGUCGCUUUACGACAACAAGAUUCAGAGUUUGGCCAAAGGCACCUUUGCUGCUCUCCGUGCCAUCCAGACUCUACACUUGGCGCAGAAUCCUUUUAUCUGUGACUGCAAUUUGAAGUGGCUGUCAGAUUUUUUGAGAACAAACCCCAUCGAGACGAGUGGAGCUCGUUGUGCCAGUCCCCGGCGACUCGCCAACAAGCGCAUUGGGCAGAUAAAAAGCAAGAAGUUCAGAUGUUCAGCAAAAGAACAAUAUUUUAUUCCAGGGACAGAGGAUUAUCAGCUGAAUAGUGAAUGUAACAGUGAUGUUGUGUGUCCCCCCAAGUGCCGGUGUGAAUCCAAUGUGGUGGACUGCUCGAACCUGAAGCUUACCAAAAUCCCAGAGCGUAUUCCUCAGUCCACAGCAGAGCUGCGCUUGAAUAACAAUGAAAUUGCUGCCCUUGAGGCCACUGGUCUUUUCAGAAAACUCCCACACCUCAAGAAAAUAAACCUGAGCAACAACAAAAUUUCAGAAAUAGAAGAUGCGGCGUUCGAAGGGGCAGCAUCUGUCAGCGAAUUACAUCUGACUGCCAAUCAUUUGGAGUCUGUCCGUAGCGGAAUGUUCCGGGGCCUGGAAGGGCUGAGGACGCUAAUGCUUCGGAAUAACCGGGUCAGCUGUGUCCAUAACGACAGCUUCACCGGGCUGAGGAAUGUCCGUCUGCUCUCUUUAUAUGAUAACCAGAUAAGCACCAUCACUCCAGGAGCAUUCGACACUUUGCAAUCACUUUCUACUUUGAACUUGCUGGCUAACCCAUUUAACUGCAACUGCCAACUUGCUUGGCUUGGGGAUUGGCUGAGGAAGAGGAAGAUAGUAACUGGAAAUCCUCGCUGUCAAAACCCAGAUUUCCUGAGACAGAUCCCUCUGCAAGAUGUGGCCUUCCCGGAUUUCAGAUGCGAAGAAGGUCAGGAAGAAUUGAGCUGUGCACCCCAACCACAGUGCCCCCAAGAAUGCACCUGCUUGGACACUGUUGUACGCUGCAGCAACAAGCACCUCUUAUCCCUGCCCAAGGGAAUCCCAAAGAAUGUCACAGAGCUUUACCUGGACGGAAAUCGGUUUACUAUGGUACCCAGACAGCUCUCCAGUUUCAAAUAUCUACAACUGGUGGAUCUAAGCAACAACAAAAUCAGCUCCCUGAGUAACUCCUCCUUUACCAACAUGAGCCAACUCACCACACUGAUUCUAAGCUAUAAUUCCUUGCGGUGCAUACCUCCUUUGGCUUUUGAGGGUCUUCGGUCCUUAAGAUUGCUGUCUGUCCAUGGGAAUGAUAUCUCCAGUCUUCCAGAAGGGAUCUUUUCUGAUGUCACCUCUCUUUCCCAUCUAGCUAUUGGUGCCAACCCUCUGUAUUGUGAUUGUAAUUUACGAUGGCUGUCAAACUGGGUGAAAACCGGUUACAAGGAGCCCGGCAUCGCUCGCUGUACAGGACCUCUGGAAAUGGAUGGAAAACUGCUUCUCACAACUCCUGCUAAAAAGUUUGAAUGCAAUGGGCCUCCAGGCUUGAAUAUUCUGGCCAAAUGCAACCCCUGUCUAUCAGAUCCUUGUCAAAACCAAGGUACCUGUCAAGAUGACGCUGUGGAGUACUACAAGUGCAUUUGUCCUAUUGGUUUUAAGGGCAAAAACUGUGAAAUCUCCCUGAACGCGUGUUCCAGUAACCCCUGCGAGAAUCGGGGCCUGUGUCUUUCCAAAGAAGAAGGAAGUGGAUUUAUUUGCACGUGUGCGGAUGGAUUUGAGGGCCCAACAUGCUCUGUAAAUAAAGAUGACUGCAAAUACAGUGACUGUGAAAAUGGUGGCACAUGUUUGGAUGGAAUAAAUAACUACACCUGCUUGUGCCCAUCACAAUACACAGGUUAUUAUUGCGAGCACCUUGUGGAUAUUUGCUCAUCAGAAUUGAAUCCUUGCCAUCAUGACUUCAAAUGCGUUGUGACACCCGAGGGCCCAAAGUGUGAGUGUGCCCCGGGCUAUGGAGGAGACGACUGCAGACUAAAUUAUGAUGACUGCAAAGACCACCGUUGCCAGAAUAAUGCCCUGUGUGUGGAUGAGGUCAAUGGUUAUUCCUGCCUCUGCACUGAGGGUUACAGCGGGCAGCUUUGUGAGAUGCCAUCCCAGGCUCCCUCUCCUUGUAAAUUAACGACGUGCCAGAAUGGGGCCAACUGUAUUGAGGUGGGGAACAGUGCCAUGUGUCAGUGUCUCCCAGGCUUUGGAGGAUCAAAAUGUGAGAAACUGCUGAGCGUAAACUUUGUGGAUAGAGACACUUAUUUGCAAUUUACCGACCUGCAGAAUUGGCCCCGGGCAAACAUCACACUUCAGGUGUCAACAGCGGAAGACAAUGGAAUUCUAUUGUACAACGGAGACCAUGACCAUAUGGCCGUAGAGUUGUACCAAGGCCACGUCAGGGUUAGUUAUGACCCCGGAAGCUUUCCCAGCUCUGCCAUUUACAGUGCAGAGACCAUCAACGACGGGCAGUUUCAUACCGUGGAGUUGGUUACCUUUGACCAGAUGGUUAAUCUGUCCAUUGACGGAGGGGCGCCCAUGACAAUGGAUAAGUUUGGGAAGCAUUAUACCCUCAACGGUGACGCACCUCUAUACGUGGGAGGUAUGCCAGUCGAUGUCAACUCUGCAGCUUUUAGACUUUGGCAAAUCCUCAAUGGAACCAGUUUUCACGGCUGCAUACGGAACCUGUAUAUCAAUAAUGAGCUGCAAGAUUUUACCAAAACUCAGAUGAAGCCUGGAGUUGUGCCAGGCUGUGAACCGUGCCGGAAACUCUUUUGUCUUCAUGGAAUAUGCCAGCCUAAUGCAGCAAAUGGACCCGUGUGCCACUGUGAGACCGGAUGGGCUGGGCCACAAUGUGACCAACCACUAAAUGAUCCAUGUCAAGGCCACAAGUGUGUCCACGGAGCUUGCAUGCCACUUGAUGCUCUAACGUACAGCUGCCUGUGCCAGGAUGGGUACAAAGGUGCCCUGUGCAACCAACAAGGAGAUCUCUACAAUCCGUGUAAAACUUUGCAAUGCCAGCACGGGCGCUGUCAGAUCUCAGACCUGGGCGAAGCCUAUUGCGAGUGUGACAGCGGCUACGUGGGAGACAAUUGUGAUCAAGAAUCGGAAUGCCGAGGGGAGCCGGUGCGGGAUUACUACCAAGUACAGCGAGGCUACGCCAUUUGCCAAACCACACGCACUGUGUCCUGGGUUGAAUGCCGCGGUUCGUGCCACAAUCAGAGCUGCUGCACCGGAUUACGCAUGAAACGCCGGAAGUACACGUUCGAGUGCAGCGACGGCUCCUCCUUUGUGGAAGACGUGGAGAAACCCAUCAAGUGCGGGUGCACCCAGUGCGUGUGAGACAAGUUGAAUUGGAUUGUAUACAAGAUCACACCGGACAAAAUAAA